AUGUCCUACGACGUAGACGAUGGCAUUCCGGAAGGAGUUAAUCACUUAACAAUAGAUCAUGCCGUGGAAGCCAGGUAUUUCUUCGAACAGUUACCGUACAACUUCGAACGCCGUAUUGAAGAAGUGCUGGCGGACACCGAGAGAACAACCGGUAGCCGGCGGGAAGUUACUUGCAUAAUGACGGAUGCUGCUCUCUGUUCUCCGCUUGGAAAAAUGGCGGAGGAUAUGAAUGUUCCAAGCCUUUAUGAUGUUAUUCCUGGGUUAUCUUCUCUACCCUUUAAAGAUUUACCCCAUGAAAUACAUUUAAGCAAGCCAAGUAAUGAACUUGUGCCAUAUUUAUAUCGUAUGGCACAAAAACUACCACAAGCAAAAGCUCUUCUGUUGAAUGCCUAUGAAGAACUAAACCCAAUUCCUCUCACAAAUUAUCUAAAAUCAAAAGUUAAGAACUUACUCUACAUAGGUUGCUUAACUUUAUCGAUUACACAGGAGAAUGAUGGUAGUUCUACUUCUGCAGGUUGUUUAUUUUCAUGGCUCGAUAGACAAAAAGUUGGUUCUGUUGUCUAUGUAUCUUUUGGAACGACAACUAGUUUAAAUUGUGGUAGUGGGAGUUAA